UGCGGACACUUUCUCCUUGGCCACCAUCUUAAAAAGCUUAUAAAUAUCGUCGUAAAGUGCCAAAACGCCGCGAAUCGAUCCCAGAAAGUCCGAUCAGGAUGAACCGCACCACCGUACUACUGCUGCUGAUCCUGGCUGGGGCGUUCUUCACGGGUUCGGAGGCGCAAAUCACCAGCAACUUCUUCCCGGCCAGCGAGUACACCUUCGGAACCUACACCCCGGUGUUGACGCCGUGCUUCAGCAAUAACGUCAACCGAUAUGCGUUUAGUUUGUUCCCGAUAAUGCAAACCUUUAUGUUUACCCCGGCCACCGUCAUACGUUACAUCCGAGUUUGGUCAGACAACCUGGUGCCGUUCUACGCCAACGUACUGACCGGGGGAGUUGGCACUGCCGUGGCCACCGCCGUUCAAGUUUCGUCCGUGCACGGCGGAAGGUUGCAAGUCAAUAUACAGGCGUACUGUGUGUAAUAAAAGGUUGGAUUUGUUUGG